CAGAGGACUGCUGUAAUGUGUACGAAGUACUUAUAGUUGUUCGAAUUCGCAGGAGUAGUCGUACAGUGUGAAAGGGCAAAAGAAGAACUGAUAGAUGGCGCUGACGAGGACUGGGGCCGAACCACGGGACAUACUGCGGACAGGCAGCCAUGUCAUGGCAGCCCGCCGGCACCGCCGAUGGCAGAUCAAGCGCGCCGAGAGCCACGGGGCAGGACAAGCUCUGGAUGCCAACGCCAAUGGGGAUGCUGCAUGGCCGAUCCCUGGCAAGCUCCAGUCCCUGUCGUCAUGGGCCUUGGCUCCCUCGCCGCCAACCCCAGCCGCCCUGCUCACUCCGGCCCAUCCCCCCCAACUCGUUCUUCGAAUUAGCAGGCUGACCAACGUCAUGCAUCGAGGCAAUGUCCUCGAGAAACCGGUUCAAGUAUCCAUCCACCGGCGCACGCGGGGAGCAUAGAGAUCGCCGUCAUGCGCUUCCGCUUUCGUGACAUCUCCCAUCGACUAUUAUAUGGCGCCUUUCCGUGUCAUGCCACCCUCUGAUGAGCUGACCCUGGUGGCUAUGCACCAGCAACAGCCCGUGUCUGGCGGGCUACAGACAGAUGGAUGGACAGGUCUGAGAUGCGUCGUCGACGCUGUUGCGAUCCCCCUGCAGGAUCCCGCCCACCGUGCCUGUUGGGUGCGACCCUUCCACUAGCAUCACAGGAGCGCGUGCUCGGGGAUGGAGAUUGAAUGACUGAAC